AUGAACUCCCGUUCGCCUUCUCGGACAGACUCGGUCACUGUCUCCGCCUCGAGUUUGGGGUCGAUUGCCGGGCAGAGUCGUUACAUACAGAUGCUGUUGGAAGUCGACCAUAUGCCAUGGAUCUACAAUAUCAUUGCCAGCGUCGCACACUGGGUGCUUCUUGCGGGAUAUCUAAAGUUGGGAAAACUCGUGCAGGCUCUAAAUGACAACGGUGCUAACAAGGCACUUUUAAAAAGAAUUCAGAACCCACCCCUACUCGCGAUUGCCUGUGUGUUCUUUGCAUUAGGGGCUGCGCUUCUGACGUGGCUUUGUCGAGUAUUCCUGCCGGUUACGAUGAAUGCAGCUGCGGGCCUCGCAACAACAUUGAUCAAUGUAUACACCGCGCAAUCGGGCACUUGGUCGAUUAUGGCUCUGGUCACCACGGUGAUGGUCGGAAGUGCCUUUUUCGUCGCUGCUGACGAUCCUAAGGUCGAGGAGGAGCACGAGAUGGAAAUGCGUACAAGCGCCUCCAUUGACUGGCGAUGA